AUGCGUGGCCGCGCAGCUUCUCCGGCCAUGUCGGAGAACGAGAUGGACAUUCUCGACUCCCUCUACACCGACGACGUCGAGACGAGCAAGAGCAAUGGCAAAGGCAAAGGCAAGGUUGUCCAUGACAGCUUCGACUUGGACAUGGGCGGGAUCUUGGAUGCCGCAGGCGAUGGUGAAGACGGUGGCAACGACGGAGAUGCGGCGUUCAUUGCCUUGAAGCAAGCGGCUUCCUUCCGAAAGAACACAAAUCUGAAGGGCAAGACGGUCAAGAAGGGCGGAGGCUUCCAGGCCAUGGGUCUCAACGCGAAGCUGUUGCAGUCCAUCACUCGCAAGGGCUUCUCUGUUCCGACCCCAAUCCAGCGCAAAACGAUCCCCUUGAUCCUGGACCGGAAAGAUGUCGUCGGCAUGGCGCGUACUGGUUCCGGAAAGACUGCUGCCUUCGUCAUCCCGAUGAUCGAGCGCCUGAGAACGCACAGCGCCAGAGUUGGAGCGAGAGCGGUCAUCAUGUCACCCUCUCGUGAGCUGGCCCUCCAGACGUUGAAGGUUGUCAAAGAAUUCGGCAAGGGCACCGAUCUUAGGACGGUGCUGCUGGUGGGUGGUGACAGCCUGGAGGAGCAGUUCGGUUUCAUGGCGACCAACCCCGAUAUCAUCAUCGCGACUCCCGGUAGAUUUCUCCAUUUGAAGGUCGAGAUGUCUCUGGACCUGUCUUCCAUACAAUACGUCGUGUUUGAUGAGGCCGAUCGGCUGUUCGAGAUGGGCUUCGCGGCCCAGCUCACAGAGAUUCUCCAUGCUCUGCCACUUUCGAGGCAAACGCUGCUGUUUUCUGCUACUCUGCCUACUUCUUUGGUCGAGUUUGCGCGUGCCGGCCUCCAAGAUCCUAGCCUGGUCAGGCUGGACGCAGAAAGCAAGAUAUCGCCGGAUCUCGAGAGCGCAUUCUUGUCUGUCAAGGGGGCCGAGAAGGAAGGAGCGCUACUACAUAUACUUCACGAGGUCAUCAAGAUGCCCACGGGCUUGCCAGAGGGCGUGCAGGAGGAGACGUCAGAAAAGCCAUCCAAGAAAAGGAAACGUGAGUAUAGGCCGAAUCAAAAGGAGAAACCGACUGAGCAUUCGACCAUCAUCUUCACGGCGACGAAGCAUCAUGUCGAAUACAUCGCCGCUAUCCUGCGGGAAUCUGGAUUUGCGGUAUCCUACGUCUACGGCUCUCUCGACCAGACAGCGCGGAAAAUCAACGUUGACGAUUUCCGUCGGGGUAGGACUAAUAUCCUGGUGGUGACGGAUCUGGCUGCUCGAGGUAUCGAUAUCCCCGUGUUGGCCAACGUCAUCAAUUACGACUUCCCUCCCCAGCCCAAGGUGUUCAUUCAUCGGGUUGGUCGUACUGCUCGUGCCGGCCAGCGGGGUUGGAGUUACAGUCUUGUGCGGGAGACUGACGCGCCUUACUUGCUUGACCUACAGCUUUUCUUGGGCAAAAGACUAGUCAUUGGCCGGGAGAGCGGAACGUCGGUCAACUUCGCUGAGGAUGUCGUCGUCGGUGCGUUACCCCGGGACCAAGUCGAAUCCCAGGUUGAGUGGCUCCAGAAGCUCCUUGGAGACAAUGUGGAUAUCAAUUCACUACGCGAUGUCUCACUGAAGGCUGAGAAACAGUACUUCAGAACACGGACUUCUGCUUCCAGCCAGAGUGCAAAGAGGUCGAGAGAAGCUGUCGCUACCAAGGCUUGGACGCAAUUGCACCCACUUUUUGGGGAUCUUGACAAUGCUACGGAGCAAGCCCGAGCGAACAUGCUCGCCGUCAUCAGUGGUUUCAAGCCUCAAGAAACUAUUUUCGAGAUUGGUCUUCAAGGCAAGAAAUUUGUGCGCAACGAGGCUGCGGAAGUUGUCAAGAACAUGAGGGCCAAACUGAAGCCGCGAAAGAAAGCCGAGGCUGACGAGGAGAAAGACGGAGGAGAUGAGGAGAUGGCUAAUGAAGACUCUGAGUUUGAUGACGAGAAUCUGCCAAAAGCGACUGAGGAGACUAGUGAUGCAUUGGCUACAUUUGAUUCGGAUUCAUCAGAGGAGGAAGCCUCAGAUUCGGAGCUCGAGGUCACGGUCUCUAGCAAUGCCGCUCACAACAAGAAGAGCAAGGGCGAGAACUCAUGGCAAGACCCCGAAUUCUUCCUGUCGUACACACCACGCACGACCAACGCGGCAGAGGAGCGCGGGUACGGCGUGCACUCAGGCACUCAGGGCUCCAACUUUGUGGAGGCGGCAAGAGAUGCCACCAUGGAUCUGACCAACGACGAUACCGCCAAGGCUUUCGGCGUCCCGACGCGGUCCAAGAUGCGCUGGGACAAGAAGAACUCCAAGUACGUCGCGCGAGCCAACGACGAGGACGGCACCAAGGGUGCCAAGAUGAUCCGCGGCGAGAGCGGCGUCAAGAUCGCGGCGUCGUUCCAGAGCGGGCGCUUUGACAAGUGGAAGAGGGCCAACCGCCUGGGCCGCAUGCCGCAGGUAGGCGAGGCCGAGAAGGCCGGCCUGGCGCGCCAGGUCUCGUCGGCCGCCCCCGGCAGCAGCGGACCUCUGGGAAGCGGCGGCCCUCGCUACAAGCACAAGAAGGAGCAAGCGCCCAAGGAGGCCGACAAGUACAGGGACGACUACCACGUGCGCAAGAAGCGCGUGGCCGAGGCCAGGGAGAAGAGGAUCGGCAAGUUCAGGGACGGCGAGGGCAGCAAGCGCGAGCUCAAGAACGAGCACGACAUCCGCAAGGCGCGCAGGGUCCAGGAGCUCAGGCGGGAGAAGAACGCGAGGCCUGCGAGGAGGGGCGGCAAGAAGAAGUGA